GUAACAGAUCCUCGUUAACCAAUAAUAAAGGCAUGGUAGCAGUCUGACUUGGACACCCUUAAGACAACGCCGUUCGCUGCGAUUGUUGCGGAGGGACAAAGCGAUGGGCGCCUUCACGGAGACAGCUGUGCCAAUUUUCGGCAACAUCCUGGCAACGGCAAUGCUUUUGUCUCCUUUUCCGGCAGUGCUCCGGCUCCGGCAGACGGGCAAGCUGAUGGACAUCAACCCGCUACCUUACCCUAUGACAUGCAUAAAUGCGGCGGGGUGGGUUGCGUACGGCUAUGCUGUCGCAAACCCGUACAUUUUCCCAGCGAACAUCAUCGGCUUCCUGGCUGGUAUGUUCUUCACGUUGACCGCUUUCUCAUGUGCACCUCAAAAGCUGCAAGACCUGAUUACGGGGCUACUGGUGGCGGGCUCUGGAUACUUCAUCAUGCUGGGCCUUAUCUCUUGCUUUGGGCUAGCCCAGACGGAGUCGCAGCGCAUGUGGGGCAUCAGCGCAGUGGCCAUCCUGAUGUGCUACUACUUCGUGCCCCUGUCCACCAUGGUCUCUAUAGUGCGCACCCGCAACGCUGCCUCCAUCUACCCCCCCCUGGCGGCCACUGCCAUCGCCAACGGCUCCAUGUGGACCAUAUACGGACUAGCGGUAAAGGACAUCAACCUAUGGCUGCCUAACAUGUUUGGUGCCGUGAUCGGCGCCGUACAGUUAAUACUGCGGCUGGUAUAUGGCGCUCGCUCUGUGGGCGAUGCACCGGCGGUUACAGUGGCGGACGAGGAAGCAUUCGUAGUAGUCCACAAAGGUGCGGGGGCCCCAGUGGAGGACCGGAUGGACUCUGGAACCAACCUGCUAAGACCCGGACAUGUACGCAGCUCCGGACAGGGAGCUACCGGGCCGACAGGGCCAGGAGGGGCAGCGGAGCCGACCGCCAACAGUGGCGCUACAAGCCGCCACUGGUCUGAUGACGCCAGCGCUGCAUCGCCGGCGUCCCCAUCAGACCCCGGGCAGAGUGGGACAGCCCAGCCAGCGGGCGGGCCUCUAACAGCAGCACCAUGA